CCAUUCUGCAUUUAUUCCACCAACCGCCCCGCUGCCAUGGAGUGCCACCUCAAGACCCACUACAAGAUGGAGUACAAGUGCCGCAUCUGCCAGGCGGUGAAGGCCAACCAGCUGGAGCUGGAGACGCACACGCGCGAGCACCGCCUGGGCAACCACUACAAGUGCGACCAGUGCGGCUACCUGUCCAAGACGGCCAACAAGCUGAUCGAGCACGUGCGCGUGCACACGGGCGAGCGGCCCUUCCACUGCGACCAGUGCGCCUACAGCUGCAAGCGCAAGGACAAUCUCAACCUGCACAAGAAGCUCAAGCACGCGCCCCGCCAGACCUUCAGCUGCGCCCAGUGCCUGUUCAAGACCACCCACCCCUUCGUCUUCAGCCGCCACGUGAAGAAGCACCAGGGCGGGGACGACGCCGCCGCGGACCAGGCCCGCCAGGGGCCGGGCGCCGCCCCGCGGGAGCCAGCGGCCGCGGCCACGGCGCGCGCCCCCGGGGCCCCGCUGCUGGUGGUGGGCAGCGCCCGCGGCCUGCUGUCCCCGCUGUCCGUCAUGUCCGCCUC